UCCAAGAAUGAGAAUCCCUUUUUGAGGAAGCAGAGUUGCCUGGGCUUCUCCAUUUUAUCAAAUUUUCCCCUGCAUUUUUCUGUUUUGGGUGUUUUUUCUUCUUCCACCCAAAGGUUUUAACUUUUGGUGGAAAGAAGUUUUUUUGUGCAAAAAAGGGGAAAAAACAGUUUUUUUAUUUUUAAAUAUUUAUUUGAUAAAUGUGGGGAGCUCCAGCAGAACCUGCAGAUUCUUAUUAUGAGGUCCGACCUGAAUGUACUGAUGUUCCGAACACCAAAUUUAAGAUCAGGCCUGGAAAAACUCUAAGCGUGAGGAGAUGGAAAGCUGCAUUUUCUCCAGAUGGCCGUUUGGAUAUUGCCAAAACUCUAGACCGUAUACAUCGUGGGGGGAUCCAUCCGACAAUUAGAGGAGAAGUAUGGGAGUUUCUACUUGGUUGCUUUGAUGCCGAUAGCACAUACGAGGAAAGGGAUCAGAUACGUCAGCAACGAAGGUACUUCACUUAUCUUCAUUCCUUUUAUUUUCUAUUCAAUCUUUUGGAAAUUAUGUUUUUUUUAUCGAGAGCAAUAUGCAAAAUGAAGAGUGAUUGUCGUGAAAUAUUUCCUGUCGUUGGAAGUGGCAAGUACAUAACAGCGCCUGUAAUAACCGAAGACGGUCAGCCAAUUAGUGACCCUUUAGUACUUGCGGAGACAAGUCAAGAUGAUAAUACGAUAGAAAUUGUGAAGGAACUAACGAGUCGCGGUCCUUUGGACAAUAAAGUAAUCCAGUGGCUGCUUACAUUGCAUCAAAUAGGCCUGGAUGUGAGGCGUGCCGACCGGACUUUAGUAUUCUACGAGAAGGAAGAGAAUUUAGCGAAACUAUGGGAUAUUCUCUCUGUUUAUGCUUGGAUAGAUACUGAUGUUGGCUACUGUCAAGGAAUGAGUGACCUAUGUUCCCCGAUGAUUAUGCUUCUUGAAGAUGAAGCUGAUGCAUUUUGGUGCUUCGAGCGUUUAAUGCGUAGAUUGAGAGGAAAUUUCCGGUGCACCGAUAGUUCGGUCGGGGUUGAAACACAGCUUUGUAGUUUGGCGACGGUAACUCAAGUUAUCGACCCGAAACUUCAUCAGCACUUAGAGACGCUAGGUGGAGGUGAUUAUCUCUUUGCUUUCCGAAUGCUAAUGGUCUUAUUUCGUCGAGAGUUCUCAUUUUGCGAUUCCUUAUACUUAUGGGAGAUGAUGUGGGCUCUGGAAUAUGAUCCGGACAUGUUCUACCAGUACGAAGAUUCGGGUUCGGAUAUGGAGAAAACCGAAGGUGCUAAAGUAAGACAGAAAUCAACACGAAAGUGCGGGAAAUACGAGAGGGAAAAUAUGAAGGUGAAAAACCCUGAAGCUCAUCUUCCCAUUUCCGUUUUCCUCGUCGCCAGUGUCUUGAAAGACAAAAGCUCAACGCUA